GUUGCAUUAAACCCUUAUUGCCUGUUACUGCAUAUUUAAGAUGAUUUGCAACACUCCAUCAUCUGAAAGAUGUAUGCUAUGUCCCACCUGUGUAUGGACGUGGUUUGCCAAUGAAAACCCCUUUUAUUCCUGUGUACUCCCAUUAUUGUCCGUCAAAAAAGUUUUGUUAGAAUACUUAAAAGUGUUCCCUCUCUGCAAGAAACUCACACUUCUAUGUACAUAAUUUAAAAGUAUACAUACAUGUAUUAGAAAAGACAGAUUUAUAUGUACACACCUAUGAGAAGAGCAAAUCAGAGAUGAGCUGAUAUUUACAUAGUCCUAGGCCAAUGAUCAAAAUGCAGAGGCCCUGGGUGGGCAGGUGGAAAGAGCAGUAUAUCUUUUCAUAACUGAAAUCACAGGAACAUUUACAAAGUACUACGAAACUUCUGCUGGAGUGCCUAUUCUCUGUAUCCAUACAAACCCUGAAAGUUCUGCUAAUGUCAGUUGCAGUUCUCAUUAUGGACUUCAGGGAGAUGCAAAGAAAAAAAAUAUCCCAUUCAAAAUGUCUCAUCUGAUCCUGCUUAACUGGUAUGUGAAUGGGCAGAGUUCCCACUUUUCUCAGCUGUUGGCUGAGUAUAUUUCUUUUGUACCUGUGACAGCAAAGGGAGACAUUAUAUGUGGUGUUGCUGGUCAGAGAGACUUCCCACACUCAGAUACCAUCACUCCACCUCCCUUCUCAACAGUAUCAUUAAAUCUUAGCUGGCAUGGGUUUCUGUGGAAAUCCAUAAUGCACAUAAAUGAGUAAAACUAUGAUGACAGCAAACUGCCUCAAGCUGAAGUAUCAGGAUGCAGUUUCACUAUUAGCUUAGGCCGCUCUCAGUCCAUUUUGCUGCAUCCUUCCCCUGUGCCCCACACCUGCCAGCAGCACAAGCAGUCCUACAGUCACAUACUCAUGGAUCAGCCACCUGACUUGGCAAAACUAGCUGCUUUUGGAGAGGGAAUAGGGUUUAUUUUCAACUAAGGCAGGUCCCUUCCCUUACUGCACAACUUCAUGGGACCCAGUCCCAACAAACAGCAAGGGGGCAGGACAUAAGGUUGUCCAUAUCUUUAGCAGCAAUGCAGAGGAUUUAAACUGAUAAAAUCUCUCACUAAAAAAAAAAAAGUAUUAGAAAAGAUUGAUAAAAAUAAAUUGUGCAAAUUGUCAGGACUUGACAGGAUCUAUUCUUGGAUUCCAGCAUAGCUCAAUUGCUUUGUUGCUUUUUGUGGUGUGCCACUUGAAUUGGCCUAAGUAACAGAAGAAUCAAAGGUGCAGGGUUUGGGAUUUUUUUAAGGCUCUGCCAAGCAUUUGGUAAGAGUAAGCCAGUAUAUCUGAUUCCUGUACCAAGAAAAUAAAGUAAAACUGUAGCCAAAACUACUACUAGUGUAUACAGUAAGUGGAUAGAAUAAGAGUCAAUAUGGCUUUUUCAGAGGGAAGCUGUAUUUCAUGAAUCUAUUGGAGUUUUUUAUAAUGAGUAUAUGAAAGUGAGCAAAGAGCUGAGAGUGAUCCAGUUAGAUUUCCAAAAUACUUUUGACCAGGUCCCUCAGUAAAAGCUCAUAAAAAAAAAAAUUCUGAUUAGGUAAGAGCCAAAAUCUACUGUGGGUCAGUAACUGUUUAAAAGCUCUGUGGUGAUGGAUAAAAAUACAACUGAGAUUUGAGCUGGUGCUGGUCUUUUAUUCCUAAGUGAUGUCAAAAAGGUGAAGAAUGCGGUGAUGAGAUUUACUGAUGAUAUUAACUUCUUUAGGAUACUAAAAUCAAAAGCCAGCUGUAAAGUUUAGAAGAAGGACCCCAUGGAUAGCUGAAUAAGAAAAGAGCUGACAAAAUGUUGUGAAUUUAAGAAAAUCUUAACUUUUCAAUAGAGACUAAUGGUUUCUGAACUAAUAUUACUACCAUUCAAGAAAGGGGGCAUGGAAUAAUUUUGAACAAUUUGAUGAAAAUACUCAGUCACAGUUGAAAGGCAAACCUCAAGGAAGGAAACAGAGAACAAAUGGAAAACAAUGGUUGAUCACACACCUUGUCAUAUAUUUCUCCAGGUUACAAGGAAGAGCAAGAAGAAUGAUCAAAGGUGUGGAAUCUUUUCCAUGUGAGGAGAUAGUAAAUGAAAACUAAACACACUGAGCUGUUUCUGUUUUGAGAAAGGAUAACUGAGGCGAUACUAUGAAAGAGAUUUUUGAAAACAGUGACUGAUAUGGAGAACGGCAGAUAGGGAGCAAUCAUGUACAGCUUCUCACAAUAAGAGAACUGAAUGGGAGUCCGUCAAAUUCUCAGUUCAUAGGUUCAAAACACCAGGAAGUUAUAUUUCCCAUAAGGUAGAACUCAAUGUGGAAUACACAUACUGUUAGGGUAACAAAAAUGAGAAUGGGUUAAAAAAAGGAGUUGGAGCAAUCUGAGAGACAGGCCCAUGGAGGACUGUUAUACAGUGGUCUGGAAAGAAAUCUCCAGCUUGGAAUUAUUGGGAGCUACAGGAUAUGGCCUGGAAAUAAUAAAUUUCUAUGUCUAAUGAGCUACUCACAAGCACCCACAAUUGGCCACUGUGGGUAAGAGGGAAUGAAGCUAUGAAGACCUUUGGUCUGCCCAAGUGCAGGCAUUUUAACUCCUGCUUUCCAAACAGAACAAAUUACUUUAAUGAGCCUUCUAAUAUCAACCAUCUAAUAUGUGGUUAUCACAGGUAAAGGAUAUUUCAACUAUUACAUUUCAAAUAUUGAAAUGUUACAUUUCAUUACAUUAAAUAUCCAAAGGGCCUUGAAAUAUUCAACUGGCUUUGGUUGUAUGCCAUGAAUACAACAAGCCUAUACAUGAGGAUAGAGCUCUUCCUCCUGGUAAACACCAUGCCAUAUGUUUUUAUCAGGCCCUAAUUUUGGGGAGAAUUAAUCUUUAUAGUUAUUCAUUACAGUGUCCUAGUUAUGUCAAAGUAUAGAGCUGGGGGCUUCUUCAUUUAUACAAAUAUUGCUGAACAUUUAAUUUCAAAUUCUCAGUCUGGUGGAUAAUAAAAAAUGACUACCCACCAAACUUGGAGGCUAUAUUUUUGGCAGCUCAUCGGCGAGGGAUUAAUAUUACUGGAAUUGCUUUGUUUCUCAGUAAUGCCUCCUUAAAAACAGCUUCCUCUGAACACAUAUUUCUAUUUUAUUGAGUAAAGGAAACAUGGUAUUAGAAAUCAAUGUUUUUAAAGGGUAAUUUAAAGAAAUCUAAUCUUGGCAGAUGCUGAAAUAUUUUCAAUUUAAAACAAAUAGUAUUUCUGUCAUCCAUUCGGCUUUUUAAAAUUAGACCAUUACUCCUUGAUAAGUUAAUUACAAAACAGAAAGAGACUCAACCAAUCUAAAAAAGCGUAUUAAUGAAAGUAUGGAGCACAUGUCUAAAAGCUGUUUUUACUGAUUUAUUGGUGAAAUUUUACGUUUUAUAUGAAAACCCUUCUCUCCAACAUCUUAAAGCAUAGGAAAAAAUGCUCAAUUUUUCAACCAAUCACAACUAAUUUUUUACAUUUCUACACUGAUGGACUAUUGUUUUUCUGCGCUAUCAUCCAUUAUAAUAAGUGACAGCAUAAUAAUUGAAAUUAUUUAAAAUAUGGUGCAUUUAGAUAAUUCUUUGCUUCAGUAUAAAUAUCAUUACAUAAGAAAUGCUGCUACUGAAAAUUGCUUGGAUGAGCAACCAAAAUGGAAUUAUUGCCUAGCAGGCCAUAUUCCUCUGAGGGUAGGAAAUUAAAAAUAUCAUAAAUUCCUUUGCAAUGCAAAAAGAUAAGAAGAAUAGAGGGACCAUUUUUUUGUUGUGUCUGAGCCCUGGUCAUCCUUAGCCAAAUCUUUACGCCGCAGGGCAGAUAACCGGUAUCAAAUGCUGCAGAAGUUUCAUACCACACUGGCCCUUAGGCUCCAUGUGGACACAGGAAAGAUGGAAUAAGUUGCAGUCAUGAACUGAAAUGUCUCCAGGUCCAUCAACAGAAUCUUGGUCUCACUGAAAUCCCUGCCCCACACCAGCUGGUACACAUACACGAGAGGCUGAUCAUAUCUCCUUAUGGCUGUUUAACUGCGUUCACAAUCCCGAAACAGUGCUCUGACAAUCCACGCGCUUGCCGUGGCUCAGUCAGCCAAGAAAUGGCCAGAGUUUCAUGUAGACAAGGUUGUGUUACUCCGACAAGAGCAAACCAAGAUGAUGGUAAUGGCAGCUGCUGCUCUACCUAGUGGCAUCCAACACAAGCUGGAGACUGUAGAAAGUAGUUGAGAGCCUCCUGAACACAACUUCUUGUGUCUUUCCCUUGCGUGGGCUUGUUCCAGGAGCAGUGAGUGGAUAGCUGAAAGGGAUUAAACAUCUUGGACAAAUUUUCAUUGCUUGAAUCUGUGCCAAAUCCUUUUAAUGUGUGAAGGACUUGAUCACUUUUAAACCAGUGGUGUAGAGCCAACAAGCUCAGUCGUUUGAUGCCAAGGGGCCUGCUUGAUUUUUGUACUAAAGAAAGAGAAAUUCACAACCACCAUGAGAACAGCAAAGGAAAAGGUAUCUGUGCAGAUCUUUAUCAAUAGUCUAAUCUCAUUGCUCGGUGCAUCCUUCCCAAACCAGGCUGAGUGACAUUGCAGCAGCCAGUGCUACUACAGCCGUGCUACCUUGCAUGAUGAAAACACAUUUUCUGUGUCCAGGGCUUACCAUCAGAAGCAUAACCUUAGCUUUCAAAAUAAUGGAUUUGCUUUUUAAGUAUUUAUAUUGUGGAAAUUAAAGUAAAUUAGACCAUGUUGCAGUGUUGGUUUUAGCAACUCGCACUUACUCUAUUUCCACCAUAUUUAGUCUCUAAAUGUAGCUGAAAAAUCUUACUUCAUCCAGAAUGAGGCUAUUUUUAAGGCUCUUUUUUAUGCAACAUUGGCUAUUAACAUUUCACGGCAUCUGGCAGCGCUGGCUUUUCUGAUUAUAUCGAACCUUGCUGAACAGGAAUUUUUGUACCAUUUAGCAGCAAUCCUUUGCGCUGCCUGUAUUCUAUAUCUUCUCCGCAGAAGUAGGAAUGAUGACAGGUGAUGUCUCAAAAGAUAAGGAAUCUUCCACUACAUACCCUCUGUCUACAGUAAGUUCUCUAGAUGUUGUAUGUGAGGUUGACCAGGAAAAUUCAUCAUGGCAUGUUACCUAUUUUAGUUAUCCAUUCCACUCAAUACAGCUACUAAAAAUAGUUGUUCUUAGAUGAGUAUUUCCUUCUUGCAUGUGUCAGUCUGCAGGAUCUAAUUUUGUAACUAAUUUUACAAAACUGAAGACUCAUAAGAUUAACAGGCUGCAUUAACCUACUAACAAGAUGUGAAAUGGUAUCCUCUAAGAAUAUCUGAUGAUUUAAAAAAUCCUUAGGACAGAUGUCAAUUAAAAGGAAAAAGAAAGGGGAGGGAUUCCAGCCACCCUUUCAUACUUAUUUCCUCUGCUUCUUCACCAUGUUUCCAUUUUAUUGUUUCUAUCCUCAGAUAAACUUUCUGUCACCAAACUAGUUUUGCCAUUUCGUAAGUCUUUUUUCUUUUGCAUAUUCUAAGUUACCUUUAUAUGAGAGAAUAUUUCUACUUAUUUCUAGGCAUUUUCUGUAUUUUUAUUAUUAAUGACAGUGUACCUGUUACAGAUACAUUGAUAUUUAAAUGAAUAUUUAAACCUAUUCAUCAGUAAUAUGACUGGAACCAAGUUCAGCAUCAAACAAUGGCUGAUUAAUGGUCUUAACAUUUGUGAUAAGAACUGGCAGAUAAUAGUCCAAUUUUAAAUAGGCAGGUAAUUAGAAAUUUUUUUGCACACCCUGGUCUUUCGUCUUUUGUUGAUACUUUCAAGUAGAAAAAGCAGAUGACUGAAAUGGUUUUGCUUCAUCAUGACUGAAGACUGCACUGACAGCAGACCACAGAAAAGCUUGCAAAACCUGAGUUUGUGGUUUAACAUUGACAAGAAAUCUCCGAGGCAGUUUUCCUGUGCACCAAGACAGACAGGAUGGGCUAGAUUAUAGUUUCCUGGGAAGUAUGCAUAGGAACAAGAAGAGAAGGAAGAAUAAUUCUUUUCACCCAAUCCUUCCUUUCUGUGCUCAUGGGCAGGUUGUAGAAUACAAGACGUGUUGAAAAACAGCAGCUGCAAAAGUACAGAGCAACCCAACCUUUCUUUGGAGGCUGUGCUGAGCAGGCUGGCAGGGUUGCAAAAGUAGGUGGUCUUGACACAAGUGCGAAGAGCGUACAUCUAGGACAGUCGCCAGGUCACACAAAUAUCACUCAUACAUUUGAGCUGCAGCUGCUGCCAGAAAUUAAAUUGUUUUUUGCCAACAUAAUUAUAAAGGUAGAACUGUAUUUUUGUACGUAGGGUAGUAUUCACUCCCCGUGGAUGUUCUUGUUCAAAAAUAACAAAGAAUGCCUUUUUCCUUAGUUUAUUUAUCAUGGAAUAAAAGUAUCCAUACAGGGAGGCUUACAUUCAUAAAUAUAUUGCUAGAUUUUUACUGGUUCAAUUUUCAGUGUAGGCAAGUCCUAAAACUAUUACUUGGUAAAAAAAUGUGAGGAGGAACAGGAAUAGUAUUGAUGCUGGGAUGUCCUGGGGAUGUUACCCUUGUACACAGAAUGUGUUGCUGACUCAGGACGAAUCUGGACCAUUACACAGAACACUGUUGGCAACAGAGCACUGUGUUUAGCAAUUUAAGGAAAGAUAUGUGAGGCAAUAGAAAGUAAUCCAGAGAAGCAACAAAGAUGGUUAGACACAUGGUUGUGUGCUUCACAAGCACUGAGCUCUCUUAAAAUAACACGGAAGGAAGAAAGAAAAGCCAGAAAAUUAUAUAUCAGCAGUACUAUUUCUAAAAAUAAUGGUUUUCAAACUUUUCCAUGAGGCAUUAACAGCUCUUUAAGGGAUAAUCUUUAUUGCUUUGUAAUGUACAAAGCAAUAAACAGCUGCUGAGAUUGAUUAAUAGCCAAAGCAAAGUUGAGGCAUGUAAUCAAUCUAAAAAGCCAUUUAUUGUAAGUAUACUACAAAGCAAUAGAGAUUAUUGCUGUUGCACAACAAACCAUAAGAGAAAAAAAAACCACAUACACACACACACAUGCACAGACAGAGCAAAACCAGUUGUUUUCUUUUCAAGGCUCGCAGUGCUAUGCUGCCUUUUUCCUGAGCUUUCAAAUGGGAAUCUCUUUGACUAAGGCAGCCGACUGGCCUUACUGCAAGUGAUCUACUGGAAAAACUAAUGCUCUGAGAACUUCAGUGUUACCUGAGGGAGAAAUAAUAUCUGUUUUUUUCAGUUAUGUAUCCAGAAAUGCAAAAUUCUGCAUGUAUUUAUCUUGUCCUUGGAACUAGUACUGCUAUUCAUAUUACCAAGAAAAACAAAGAACUGGCUCGACAAUUGAAAAAUGAUCUUAUUCAUGUUAAUGCAGAGCUCAUUUGUAAAUGAAGGCUCUUUACUUUGGCUUUUUUUAUGAAUGACUACUAAAUCACUUCAAAGUUUUCCACAGGAAUACUGAAUGGGACAACUGGGUCUCAACUCCAGCUUUUUCAGUCAAAUCCCUCACCCCGUUCUUUUUAUACAACUUUAGUACAGCUCUAAAUGUAGUGUGUCUUUUGCCUCCUCUAGUCUUCCUGGGAGGCUGUUUCAGAAUCUUUCCUCUCCAGUGGUUUUACACUUGUUUAAGAAUUUCCAUUUUGAAUUUUCCAGGUCAGAUAAUCCCCAUUUAUUCCUGAAUCAACAUCAUCUUUUAGCAUAAAUUGCUCUUUAUCUUCUUUAAAGAGAUUACAUGGAGAGAUUCUCUCACCCUUCCCUUUGGCAGACCAAACAAGCAGUGCCAAUGUAGUCUUAUGCCAUAAUGGGCUUGUGCUUUCAUCAGUCUCAUCACCCUUCCCUGCUCCCAUUGCCGUCUCAAUCCCUCUCUCUUGAACGUGGAUUCUGUGGAUGGCACCGAGCUCCAGAGGGGAUCUCAGCACUGACUGCCUCCUCAAGCCACACUCACCCACACUGUCUCCUGGAAAUAUUUCACCCAGGAUUCCCAAGGAUCAAAUCUGCUUUUUUUGUCUCCCCUUAACAUUCCAAGCCAGUGGUUAACUUGUACUUUAGGCACAACUUGAAUAUCCUUGUUUCUGAACUGGUGACCCUGCAACUUAUGACAGAAAUCUGUAUUAGUUCACAAGGGCACAGGCUUGCAGUUUGCACUAUUAAAUUUCAUUCCGUUUCUAUUACUCUAGUUCUCAAGGUUAUUCAGGUCUUCCUGUAUCAUAUUGCCAUCUCCUUCCAUAUUAAUGAUGUCUCUCACUUCUGUGUCAUCAGCAAAUUUCAUUAACAAACUCCAUCUUCCUAUUUUAAGGUAAUGAAAAAAAAUAUGACUGAAGAUGUAUCUUAUCUUUGAGGAACUCUGUUAGUAAAAUACCAUUCAAAGCCAGGUAUCACAAUAUUAGGAACCAAAUUCUUCAGUUUCGCAUUUGGAGGAAAUAAAAAUCAGCUCAGGGAAAAUUAAAUUUUAGAUCAUAGUGGAUAUAAACAUUCCAAACUCUUGUCUUCAAAAAUCUGAACUAUUUCAUACCUGAAAUUACCUAAAUUUAAUAACACCUACGUAAAAUAUUAGAAUAAGUCUUUUCAUAAUUCCACGUACAGACCUCUUUACAGCUAUAAAAAUUUAGAGUCUAAGAGUUGUACUCACAGUGUAGUGGUCACUUUGUUUGUUUCUAAGCAUUUGACUCUGGUAGUUAAAAUAUUUGGUUUUCAGUUAUUUUACCCUAGCAGUCAAUUCUAGCCUUUAACCAGUCUUAUCUUUAAUUUCUUUUUUCUUUCCUACUAUUCCAGCAAAUCACGGCUUCCCUAGAGAAGAUGAUCCCCAUGCUUGAGAUCAUAUUCUCCAUUAAUUCCUGUUCUCUGUGGGGCUGAAAGUUAAAAUUUCCUCAUUUUCCUACUUUAGGCAGCUGUACCGUUCUUCUCACAGGAAACACUGGGCCUAGAUUCACACCUUCUUACCCCUUCCCUACGUUUUAUGUGGUUGUGUUUUUUGUUUGUUUGUUUGUUUGUUUGUUUUUCCAGUUGGAGAGUUCAGUGUCAGCAAAAUAAAUGAAAAUUAUUGGCGAUAUUUCUUUUUUUCCUUUUAGCAUUUUAUUUGUAAAAUUAUUGUCACUGCAGUACAUGAUCUUUUGUCAAAUAUUUUAAAGAUUUCCAUUUACACCAGCCAAACUGAAACUCAUACCCAUCUCAGCUGUGUCUAACGCUCCAUUUGUGUCACAGAUCAAUCUCAGAAGAGUGAAAGAGAUCUUGGUUUGUUUUUUUCCAGCAGAGUGUAGAUAGUGUCUUGAUUCAUUUAGCAGAAAAUGACCUACUGGAAGUUCAGUUGGCUGCAUCAGUACAGUAGUGCAGUGAGGGGACUGCAGCUCGUAUGGAAGGAGGAAGCAAAGAACGAUGAAUGGUUGCACGGCAGUAGAAGUGCUACAUAACGCCAGUGUAACUGGACCUACAGAGAAGUCCUCUGCAGAUCAACCAUUUAAUAUGAAGAGUUCAUGCAGGCAGAACUUCUGCCAGUAAAAUUGCCUUGUCAUAGAAUCAUAGAAUCAUUUUCGUGACAAGAGACCCUCAAGAUCAUAGAGUCAAACCGUUAACCUAACACUGGCACUAAACCAUGUCACUAAGAACCUCAUCUAUGUGUCUUUUAAACACCUCCAGGGAUGGUGAUUCAACCAUUCCCCUGGGCAGCCUGUUCCAAUGCCUGACAACCCUUUCCAUGAUGAAAUUUUUCUUAAUAUCCAAUCUAAACCUCCCCUCGUGCAAUUUGGGGCCAUUUUCUCUCAUUCUAUCACUUGUUCCUUGGCAGAAGAGCCCAACACCCUCCUUGCUACAACCUCUUUUCAGGUAGUUGUAGAGAGCAUUCAAAUAAGGCCAGAAACAGAUAUACGAAGAGGAGAUAAAGGGGAUUGGGGACACAUGCUGGCUGGGGUGUUGGUGAGAAGAGCAGCUGGGCUCUCCCCUCACCUCUUGCACUGCUGCCCCAGUGCCAGCAGCCACCAGGACACUCAUGAGGUGCCCUGGGGCUGUAUAUGCUGCUGUUCUUGUUUGAACAAGAAAGUUUUACUGGCAGAAGUUCUGCUGGCAUGUGCUACUGACAUAGCUGUUUUGGCAGGAUGUGUUCACAUUUGGCUGUUUUUUAAAGAUGCAGUGUGUCCUCAGAGCAUCAGGCUUUUAUCAGCAAAAGAAGUCUGGCGUGACGGGAGGCUAACCCAGAAUACCUUGUGCCGUGUUUGGGUGAUCGCCUUCUGGUAAUUUUUUGCAGCAUGUUGUAGAGCUGCCAUUGUAUACUGUCACAUCAUAAAAUUUGUGUAAAUCUUGGGUUAGGUUUUCAAAAAAUCUUCUGUCUUGUGUGAUAACCUGUUUUUAUUUGUAUGGUUUCUUCAUAUUGUAGAUUGUUCACUGCCAGAAACCCAGACUGUACCAAACAGCAGAGCUCUCUUGUUCAUUUAGGGCAGAUGAAAGGAUUCUUUCAUAUCUAAAGAGCAGCCUAAAAUGUUGGGUACUGUGAACAAGUGGAACACAGAGACAAUGAAUGAUAGCUAACUAUUUGCAGUAAGUAUUUGCUGGACUACAAGAACAAAUUGUAGUUUCGAGUCAUUCUGCGAACACUGAGAGAAAAUUUCAGGGUUGGAUGUCAAGUUCAUGGCAGCCUCACAGCACAUUCGCCCUGAGUUAAGAGCUGCUUAAAGAGGAGACAGUGGAGAAAUAGGUGGUGCCAGCUUUUUGGAAAGCUGUGCCAAUCUGGUUAUUUUGGCAUUACUUGGGGUGCUCAGUCUCUAGCGAGCUACACAAAAUUAAGUAUUUCCUACUGCACGGUCUUUUCAUGCUGGGUAAUGUACUGGAAAUAAUAGAUGAACCUGAUAAAAUGGGCUUUCAUAACUGGUGGAACAGUAAAUAAGGUUUAUGUCCACUUUGGUCCCAUCUUGUUUAGAAUACAUAAAAUGAAAGCAGUACUUCUCCAUGGUGAUCUCUCUAGACAGUAUUUUACGUCCAUGUAGUUUGGGAGAAAGCCCAUGCUUGCCUCCCCAUCUAUCCUGUUUGCAUUAAUGGAGUUACAAAGCCAUCUCUGGCAAUGAAGGCAGCUCUGGCUGGAAAGAUGUUUGUAAAAACAAGAACCCGGUAACUGGAAAGAAAAAAAAAAGAAAUAUCCACCAAACCAUACAACUCUAAUUUCUAAUUUAGCGUUCUCCUGCAAAAAUCAUGAAGGGUCUUCUCACUGGGUGCCUUCAUGUGCUGAGUGGAGUUUCAUCUUGUUUCCUGAAUUCAGCACAAAGCCAGUGGCACUGCUUUUUUCCAUGACAUUUCCAGAUAUUAGUGAUAAGUGCAUUCCUUAGAUGGCUAUCAUGCACGUAGAAUAUAUAGAUGGAUGGAAAAUAUGUAGCACUUAGAGACCAUAUGCAUGCAUGGAACCUGCUGGACCUCUGCAUAACCAUAUGUGUAUCAUGAGUUCUGGAACAAUGAGUCUGACACAUUAUGAACAUGCAGCACCUGUGGUCUGCAGGCAGCCUGUAUAUAUACAGCAAGUGCGAUGUGUUCUGGACACGUCCAGUUUAUCACAUAUUCACAGAUAUUCUGCUCAACACAUGCACAGAAGGUCUGGCAUGACUGUGUAUGUGCUGUGCCGUACAUGGCUGGGACAUCUGUCUUAGAUUUCUUUGACACAAAUCAGGAAGUCCAAGUUCUGUAGAACAAUUUAUUACAAAUAUAUAUUCACUCAUUGGGUUCCACUGUCACCAAAAAUCAUCUAAAGUAAUUUGAGCUUGUUCCAACGAUACUGCAUGGUAUUGGUUUAAAGCAAGCGUGUUCUGUAAAUUAUGAAUGUGCUCAGUCACUGCAGUAGCUUUGUUUCUGCCAUGAAAGUUUUGGUUUUAACUUUUUGGACUUUUUCUGCAUACUGACAUUUCACUACUCCUAAUAUACACUCCCCCUUUCCCUCCCACCAGCAGCUGGUAGAUACGAUUUGACAGGAGAAUGGGUUAGGAAGACAGGCAACAAAACGCUGAUUCAGAAACCCCGAGAAAAUAAACACAAUCAUUACAUUAAUGCACCAGCCCUUUCACAGUGAUUUCCCUUCCUAAAUUAGCUACAUGUGUUCAGUGAGCUCCCCAAGGGGUUCUGUAUCUCAAUAGUUCUGACUCUGUCCAUGUCUCUGUUCCCAAAAAUCUCUUCCGAUUUAGGCGGUUCUUGGUAUCCUUCACUGCAAGCUGAUGUGAAUGGUAAGAGCAAUAUUUCAGCUCAGCAAGCUGUCCAUGAGGAGUGCACCGUCAUCGUAAGGAGUGUACAACCAGCUGGUCAUAAAAGGAGCACCUUGGACCACUAAACUUAAGGCUGUGUCUUGUGAGAAAACAAACUUCUUCUUUUUCACCUGGCACAGGAUCUUGUCACAGCUUUUAGGCUUUAUAUUGGAUUGUGGCCUCCAUGAGCUUCAAAUUUUCCUUCCACAUCUAUUUAUUCUUAAAAAAGGCUGUUGCCUCAAGUAUCCCUUCCUGCUCUGGCUGUAGAAAUUUGGGUCUUAAACUGAAUAGCAGCACCAAAGUCAUGCUGAGUUCUGUCAGUCUAGUCAGGUCAAAAGGCAGACUGGAAGAAAAGCAGACAUUUCACUAACACACCAGGGAUUUCCACUCCCUGGGGGAGGCAGCAGAAUUAACAAGAAAUCAGUGAAAGCAGACAUUGAUGUAGGGACAAUCGCAUAGCAGGUGUGCAGCUGGUGGAUGGCUCACAAUGCUUAGUUGGUACAAGAAGUCCUUACGUGUCGUGUGUCAGCAGAAAUGCAGCAGCCAAAGGGAAGCCAGCAUAACGUCACCAGGAAAGCUCAGGUUCUUCUUGACAGCACUGAACAGGCAGCAGGGAGGGAAUCAAGUGCUGGCCAGAGUGAGGGUAAGGUGCAGAGUAUGCAGGAUGCAGGCAGAGUGACCAAAUCACACUGAACAAUGCAAGCUAGAGAUUGAUCAUGGAAAUUUCCAAAAUCUUAAAUUUCAGCCAAAUCUGACUAUGAUUUAAGGAAUUAAAAAAACAUACAUCUAUCACAGAAUAUUUAAGAUUUAAAGGGACCUCUAGAGAUCAUCUAGUCCACCUCCCCUGCUCAAAGCACUCAACUACAGCAGGUUACCUCAGUGACCUUUUCAAUCAGUUUUAGAAUAUCUCCAAAGAUCUAGACCACACAACCUCUCUGAGCAACCUAUUCUAGUGUUUGACUACCCUCACCAUAGAAAUUUGUUCUUAUGUUUAAAUGGAGUUUUCUGUAUUUCAGUUUGUGCCUGCUACCUCUUGUCCAUUCACUGGGCACCACUAAGAAGGCUGGCUCCGUCUUCUUUGCACCCUCCCUUCCGAUAUUUAUAUAUUAUUAUAUAUUUUAUAUAUUUAUUCUUUUCCCGUGACCUAUUUCCUUGCUGCAGAUAAUAGAGAUCUUCACAUACCUGUUUGAUUAAAAUUUAUUAGACCACGUAGUAAUAGGGGUUGUUUCUAACUGCUGUAAAAUGAACUGUUUCACCUGCUUUUGUAAAGAGCUACAAGUGAUAUGAAACACAGAGCUUAUUUAACAGCACAUACCAGAUGGUCUAUGUAAAGUUGAAUACAACAGGAAGAUUUUUUUUUGUCCAGAUUGGAGGUGGGACUGUUGUUUUGUUUUGAAAAACGAGGAAAGAAACAGGGGGAAACGGGGCUUGCAUUGCUAAUUGUGUUGCUGAAAUUGCACUGGAGUCUGGUCUUGCAGGUCAGCAACAAGCAGCAGUGAACAGGAUCGAUGAACACUUGGCAGACAAAGUGUGUAACGUUGUUAACUCAUUCUGAAUUGCUCUGAAAUAUAGGCCUUGUAUGCUUGGAUAUCCAGAUAAGUUUAAUUUCUAGACAAAUUCAAGGUAGCUGAACUGAAAAGUGAGACUGGAUACCAGCACAAAAUCCCUUUCAUGAUUUUCAAAUCUAAAAAAUAAAGUAACUCGAAUGAAUAUCACAUAAUUCAAUACUUUGUAUGUUUUUGGUCAGUUAGGCAAUUAGGCUCAGGAAACACUGCUUUUACCUCAGCAAUCUCUUGAACAAAUACCAGCCUGACUAGACCAAGUCAUUUUAUAUGUUUUGAUGAUACUUCCAUCCUAAAGCAGUGUUAUUGCGAACAAGAAGAUUUAAUUAAGUAGCUGCAUUUAAAAUAGGUGCUGAGAGAGUUCAUUCAAUAAAAAGCACAUGAGAAACGGGAUUUAAGCGAGAAAGUUGUAUCAGUUGAGACAUAGCACAGACAUCACAAAAGAAAUAUUUGCUAUAAUUGCCAAAGCUCAGAGAAUGAAUAAAAAAUUAACUCUUCAAUUUGAUGACCUAGAAAAUAGAGGAGAAAUAAUGCGCAUAUGAAAAGGAUUAAAGAAGAAGCCAAGAAAGAAGGCUUAGUGGGUUUAACUGGGUGGAUUUAAAAUUUGUUUAAAGAAUGAUGAGAUGAUAACAGUAAAAAGAGAUUCAGACUGGCUUUACCAGGAAACAGAUCUACACAUUUUUUCUGUGAAACUUUGCUUGUAUUAUCUCAAUAAAAGACAGGUUCAGAAGAAAAUAACAGAGAAUGAACUAACGGUGAAUGAUCUGAAAAUAAUGUGCAUGCACACACACACCUUCUUUUGGCUUUUAAGGAAGACUAUACAAAGAAAGGCAAGUACAAUACUAACAAUGUUUUCAUUGCAUCUGAGGUAUUGAACUUGGCUGCAGAAGAAAGAGGAGUAGAUGUCUAAUUAUUAGAGAUAAAGUAGAAGGCAGCAAAGAUAAUGGCAUGUGUUAUGUAAACUGGGCAGGGUUACACAUGGAGAUCUUUUUACUGCUAUCAUGUUUGUCAGAAUCAAAAGAGGACCUGGAAAAGGAUGUUUUUCUAGAAGAAAGGGGCAUAACAGUCUUGUAGAGCUAUUCAGAAAGACAAAUUAAGUUUAAAAUGUCCACAGAGUUCUUGUCUAACAAACAUGAGGAAGUAAAAGUUAUAAUGUUAGUAAGCAAUUAGUAAAAGCAGCUUUAAGUCGCUAAGAUAUAUAUCUAUAUUUACAUAUAAAUGUAUAUACAAGAUGAAUUUAUUUGGAGAGUGCUUUCAGAUAUAUCUGAUGUUAUAAAGGAAGCAAGGAAGAAGCUUGGUCAGAUGGAGCUGUAUUUGUUGUGUUAUUCUAUUACUCACAAAGACAUAAUAACCACCCUCCUGUAGCAGUUUUUAGAUAAAUUUCAAAAUGCAUUCAGAGAUAGCGAACAAAGGCUGUCCUUGUCAGUCACGAACAACCCACUUGCCACCACAGGCCUGUCUUUGUUGUUGUUAGGUGCCUGGAGAUCUUCUGAUACAGGGUGGUGAUGGCAUUAGCCAUCCUGGCAGUGGGAGGUGCACAAAGAAGCUGAUCAGUGAGCACCUGGUGCCCCUGCCAACGGGGUCCCAAAACCUGGAGAUGAGCUCAUCUUUGGUAGGGCCUCACCCAGGAGGCAGCAUGGUGGGGGGCACACCACGUGUGAUCCCCUCUUGCCAUUCCAACAAGGCUCUCCAGCCUGUGGGACCGACUGAGCAGAGCUCUGCUGUGCAUGAUGUGAAAACACCCGUAUUUCGGCCUUCCCUGAGAACAGGGUUGCCCUUUGGGACCAAGAGGAAGCCGCUGAGAUGACCGACCUGGCUGACUCUGGGAAGGGGUUUUGAGGCUGAUCACAUCACACCUCAGUCCCCUGGUUUUAUUUUACUCUGAAAAGCUUUCAGUGUCUCCAUGUCCCAUCUGUAAAUCUGACCUCAGAGAGAAGGUAUCACAACAGGGCACAUUCUGCAUUUCCAAAACGAGCAACCUUUGCUAUUCUGAAUAUGGACUUUUGCCACUUUCACUGUGCCCUAAACGUGCGCCAGGACAGCUCGGCGGAAGCGACCGCUCACCAGAAAACCACCAAUUAACAGGCCAACGCCGCAGCAGGACCCCUCACUGCUCCUGCCCCUGGGGUGCGGGGACGCCAGCGCGGACAAUCAGCAUCUCCGACCGCCGCAACACCGGCCCCGCAACGCCGCGCUCUCCCUCGCCCGCCCCGGCCUGGGCCGCGCAUGCGCCCGUAGGUGCCCGCGCAGGCGCCAUGGCGUCUCCGGGCUCCCCCAGACCCGCAGGUGCGGCUGUGGGAUUGCGUGGGGCUCCACAGUACCGGCGCCACGGCAGGGCCGCGGUCUUCCGGCGGAGUAAUUGCUUCAAAAUUUCAGCAAGCGGGAAGCUUAUCAGUUGUGAUUGGGGAAUGCAAGCUUCAAAGAAUAAAAAUACACAGAAGGCAGAACCAUUCUACAGGUUUUCAGUCCCAAAGCAGACCAGUUCUGAAAUUAUAAAUGAAGCCAGAAAUGUCCUACGAACACUAAGAACUCGGAGGCCGUUCACACCUACAGAAGACCAAAGGAAACUUUUUGGAUCUGGAUCCUCACGAGCUCCUCAGAAUAGACCCCCUUCUGUUUUUAGUCUUCAUGCAUCCAGUUUUGAUGUGACUGAAUCAAGACCAGUGUCUGGUGUUCGUCUGAGCCCACUGAAUCAUAAACCAAUACUAGUCACUUUUAUAAAAGAUGAAGAUUCUUCCAUUUGCCUUCCAAAGCCUCCUGCGGAUGCUGCAGAGGUUAGAAAAGUCAGCAGUGCACGGGCGCACUUACUUAGGAGAACCUCUCAGGGAAAUUUCCGUUCUGCUAAAAUGGUUUCCCCUGAUCAGAAUGAAGAGAAUCCAGAUUCUGAAGAACCCUCUAUGAAGAGUAAUCUUUGCAGAAGUAAUGAUAACUGCUUAGCAGAGCAAAGGUCACACACACCAUUUAAUGAUGACAGUAGACAAUUAAUUUGUAAUGAGCAUAUCAGCAGAUUGGAGAGGGAAGACUUCCAAAAAGGGACAGCAGGAACAUUUGUCUUUCAACUAGGAGGAGAAAGUGACCAAAUGAAGAACCCUGGCACCAGUUCAUCAUGGCCAAGGACUACAGGCUGGAAGAGAAGAGUAACAGGCUUAAAGGAUGAAACAAGAAGAGAUAAAUCAGAAGAGGAAGAACUCUUUUGGCAUAUAAAGAUUCUACCAAUUCUGCAUGAACUGGAGAAAGAAGACGAUAUAGAAAAUCUUUGUCUGGCUUGCACCAAGCUCUAUCAAGCCUUGAGUGAAGGAAAUAUGCUUGGAAAAAGAUUUAAGAGAAGAAGUGUGCUUCUGAAGACAUUAUAUAAACUUGUAGACAUUGAUUCAGAUCCACUUUGUCUGAAACUGGCAAAAAUUAUUCUGGCUAUGAAAGUGGAUGGAAAAAAUCUUCUCAGUGUUUGCAAGCUUGCAUUUAAAAUUUGCAGGAAUGAAGAAAAUGAUGACAUCAUUCGAAAUGAUAGAUUAUUGGAUUGUUUGUUGGAGGUCCUGAGAACUGAAGAUCUACACAAAAACCAUGAAGCUCUCCUGUAUUGCAUGGGAGCUAUAAAAUUCAUGUCUGGAAAUGCAGUACUCCUUAAUGAAAUGGUCAACAAAGGAGCUAUUGAAAUGUUUCUGCAAUUAAUGAAGCAGAUUAAUAAUCAUACAAAAGAAAAUGACACAUAUUUCUCCAAGUUGGGCCAUCUAUUAGUCCAGCUGACAGCGACUUUGCGAAACUUGGCUGAGUCGCCCCCGGCAAGGCAGCAGCUCAUUUGCAGGGGAGCAGCCGCUGAGCUCUGCGUGGCGCUAGAGCAGCGUAUGAGCGACAAGGACGUGUGCGCCUAUAUCAUCAGGAUAUUCAGCAAACUUUCAUCCUAUGAUGACUUCUGUGCAGCUUUAGCAGACUGCUCCAGAUGUUACAUGUUAUUUUUAGCUCUACUAAACAAAUACCAGAAGCAGCAGGAUUUGGUUAUCCGUAUCAUCUUCAUUCUUGGUAAUUUAACAGAAAAGAAUAACCAGGCCCGUGAGCAGUUUUUUAAAGAACGAGGAAGUGUUAACACCUUGAUAUCAUUAUUCCAAACCUACCAUGAACUUGAUUUGGAUGCACAGAAAUCGUACCAUGAAGGAGGAGGGGAAGAAAGAAAACACCCAAAGCAUCCUUCAGAAGCAGAAGAUGUUCUGAUAAAACUGAUAAGAGUGCUGGCCAAUCUCUCCAUUCAUCCCAGUGUAGGAGCAGCUCUGGCAGCUGCCCCUCGCAUUGUAGAAUUACUUGUUACAGUUCUAGAAUACAAGUCAGUUGGUGACUGUGAGGAGUUGGUCAUCAAUGCUGCAACAACAAUCAACAACUUAUCCUACUACAAAGUGGAGAGUUCUGCUGUUCAAGACAAGAAGAUACACAUUGCUGAAAUGCUUUUAAAGCUGUUAAUGAGCAACAAUAUGGAUGGAGUUGUGGAGGCUGUGAGAGUCUUUGGCAAUCUUUCCCAGUAUCAUGAGAUCUGUGACUUCAUCAUACAGAAGAAGAUAUACAAGUUCUUGAUUGCUUUGCUUGAUGCCAAGAGCCAAGAUGUCUGUUUUUCUGCCUGUGGAGUUCUGCUCAAUCUCACAGUAGAUGAGGACAAACGAGCUCUUCUGAUGGAAGAAGGAGGAAUUGGAAAGUUGGUUGACUGUUUAGAGGACUUUGGGCCAACAGACUGGCAGCUGGCUUGCUUGAUAUGCAAAACCCUGUGGAACUACAGUGAAAACAUGACAAGUGUGGCCUCAUGCUUUGGAGAAGACAUGGACACGUUGCUGGUGCUGCUCACAUCACUCUUAGAUGAAGAGCUCGUGUUGGAUUACAGCCUCGACAGAGACUUAAGGGACUACCACAAACUGUAUUGGGAAAGAGAGUUCAAACCUGUGGCAGAAAAACUUCUUCACAGAAUUCAAAGCCAUCCCUCCUUCCCACUGUGACUAUUACUCCAUUUUAAUCAAGUCUUCUUUUUUUUUCGUGGUGUAGAUUGUACAGUUUUAUAUUUCUAAUAUACCUGUACGCUGGAGAGCAUGGGACGUUAAAUUUUAAAAAGUCAGUAAAGCCUGGUAUUUAUAUACUGGAUACUAUAUUUUGAGAAGCUUGUAUGAAAUUUUAGCAUGUGUAAUUACUUUUUACAAUAUAUUUGAGCUGAUCAAGCAGCUGUUCCAUGUUAUUUGUCUAUUAAUUGCAGAGUUGAAACAAAAACUAAUUUGCUAAACUUGUAAUUUUUAAAAGGUAGUUUACCACUGAGUAGCUGGACCUCUGUGGUACGACAAACGCUGUGCACUUUAAAAGAAUGUUGCAUGACAGGAGCCACAUCUCACCUAUAGACUUGGAUACUUUUGCUUUAUAUGAAAUUCUCUGACAGACUAACCUAAAUGUGAUUAAAUGUGGUCAAUGGUUGGGGAAAGUUGCUCCCUUUUCCUUUGGAGAUCCCCUUUCUUUACCUGAUGCUGUGUGGCCACAGUAUCCCAGCUCCUCCCUCGGUCCUUGUGGGAUGUAGGUACAGCUGUGCCAGUAAGAGGCUUUUCUGAUUUGGGACUUCACAUCUUAAGGCAAAACACCCAUAACCCUGAUAUAAGAGAUUUUAGAUGGCUGGGUAUGUUCUUGUUUCAGUUGUUCCCACAUUCCCAGGAGCCACCUCUGUGCCUUUACUUCUCAGACCACCUUGGCCAGUUGUCUCCCCUGGGCUUGUGUCUCCAUCCACAAGGCAAAAAUAAAGGUUGUACAUCCUUCACCUUC